CUGAAAUGCAAGUCAUCGCAGCCUUGUGGGUACGGAUACAUGGCCAAACCUUCAACUGGUUCUCAAAGGUUUCGUAUCCAGGUUGAAGAGCAAGCUCGUGCUACAGCAGCCACCCAGCAGCAAAACUCUGAGCUCAGCCAGCAGGUCAACGAAUUACAAGAUCAACUACAAGCUGAACGUGCAAACACACAAGAGAGGAUUAACUUGGAGUGUACUGAGAGAGAACAACUUGAGGAGAGGUUAAAAGAAGAGCAUGCUGAAAGGGAAAGAUUGUUGGAAGAGGAGCGAACAUCAAGACCGGAAUUUGAAAAAAACAUGAUGACAAAGUUUGUAGCAUUGAGCCAACAGAUGGGAACCCAACAGGUGCCUAAGGAUUGACAAAGAAAAUAGUAACCCAAACUUGCAAAAUACACUUUUAUAGAGAUCUAGUCCUAAUAAAACUCCAGUUCAAGGCCAAUUAUUAUUUCUUCAAAUGCGCUCAUACAAGCUGCAACAAGGAAUUCUCGAAUGUUUAAAGCAAUGGUAAGUCACAACCUUACUUUCUCUUCAUGUUCACUUGCAUUUUAUACGUCAUUGGCAUUCAUAACUAGCUAGCUGUUUCUUCUCUUUCACCAUGUGUUGUUGCUGCAUCGAGUCACAACUUAAACAAAAAAUGAAUAUGUGCUAGCUAGGGACAUGAACUUAACUGAAACUAUACAUCGGGUCACAACUUAAAUCAGUAGCAGAACCUUUUAGUAGAUGUACUUGUGCUUAUGCUUUAGACAUUUACACUUGUAUGAUUGUUCUAAUCCCUCAGUUACAUGCUUGCUGACACAGUAUUAGUCUAGUUAGUCUGGCGAUAGUUCCUUUUAACUAUGGGGCUGGAAUAAUUGUAUGGUGUAUGUUAUGUUGGACUCAUUAACUAGAACUUUUUUUAUUUCUUGA